AUGACUUCUUUCUUUGUGUCCACGUUCAACUGUGGCAAGCUCACCCAGGACACGCAGUACUACCAGCAUUUGUCCGCCGAGUUGGCAGGGAUUGAUGCGCCCCAUGUCUUGUUGUUUGGGUAUCAGGAGCUGUGUUCGAUUCCCGAUGGGUGUCUUGGAUAUGCGGUGGAUCCGCUCAAUGAUCUGAUUCAGCAGGUUCUCAAGGCGAUCAGGGACCAGCCGUGGCUCGAACGAUACGUGGUGGUUGGUCAACACACGUUUGGAGCCAUGGGUCUGGUGGCAAUAGCGUCGGCAGAUGUGCUUGUCACCGACGUCAAGUUGUGCCACGUGGCGUGCGGCAUGUUCUGGUCGUCGCUCAAGGGCGCCGUGGGUCUCCGACUCAAUGUUGAUGGCAAUCCCGUUGUGUGUGUGGCUGCGCACCUGGCGGCCAAUGAGGGCUUUUUGGAGCAGCGCAACGACGAUUUCGCCACCAUUGCCAAGGAAAUGAAGUUCCUCGACCCACGCACAGGCAUCUACGAUGACGCCACGGUAUUCUUUUUGGGUGAUCUCAACUACCGAGCGUCGGAAAACGAGCAGGGACUCGCUGACUACAAGGUGGUAGACGAGCUGUUUUACGCCAUGAGGUCGCUCGAUGCCUUCUGGGACUUCCAGGAGGCCGAAAUCGGAUUCAAACCAACCUACAAGUUCCACACCGGAACGUCCGAAUACAACACCAAGCGAAUUCCGUCCUGGUGCGACCGAGUGCUGUAUAGAGGAGCAGUGGUGCCCCGGAAAUACGACUCGAUCCCCGCCGUCAUGUCUUCAGACCACAAGCCCGUGUACUUGUGGGCGUCGGUGAAACUGACCCAAUCCACCGCUGUUGAGCAGGGCGAUGUUCCUCCUCAUAUUCUGUCUGCUGCCCACGUUUCCGAACUCUUGCAUAUCCGAACGUCGAUCAUGGACUACAUUAUUGCGCUGGGACUGUUGGGUUUCACCACGAGAAUGGGCUGGAUUUCCAUUGCGGGUUUCUUGUUGUUUGCGUGGGCGUUGUAUAGGUAG